AAUCAGUAGGACGCUAGAGUUUCAUUGAAAAUGUGGAUAUUUUUGUCUUCAGCUGCAGGUCUUCUCUGCAUUCUGUACGUGUUAUUGAAAUGGCGAAACAAUUAUUGGAGGGAACGAGGAGUCCCGUGUCCACAACCAAGUUUAUUUGUCGGUAAUAUAGGUGCUUCUUUGACAUCCAAAUUGAACGUCGGAGAAAUCUACAAUAACAUCUACAAAAAAUAUGAAGAUUGUAAAUACGUGGGAUUGUUUCUGUUCAUUAAUCCCGCUUUGUUAAUCAGAGAUCCCGAAAUCAUCAAGGAUAUUAUGAUCAAAGAUUUCAAUCAUUUCGGGAAAAACGAUUUCGAGGUGGAUGUAAAUCACGAUCCGAUCAUGGGAAGAAAUCCGUUCGUUUUGUCAGGCGAGAAGUGGAAAGCUUUCAGGAACAUGUGGACGCCUAACUUUACCAGCGGAAAGUUGAAGCAGAUCUUCCAAUUCGUGAAAAUCCAAAGUGGAAUUAUGAACGAUUACAUAGAAAAUCAUCAGAAAUGCGUCGAUUUGAAAGAUUUGAUGAAGAGGUUCACGAUUGGUAACGUGGCCAGUUGCGCUUUCGGUCUCGAAGCUAACAGUUUUGAGGAGGAGGAAUCAGAAUUCGUGAAAGUCUCGCGACAGAUCGGGGAUAUUUCGAGUUUCGUCGAGAUCAAGGUUCUCUUAAGAAACAUCUUUCCUGUACUGAUGAACGUGUUAACUGUUAGGUUCUUCUCGAAGUACGCGGAAGAGUAUCUGAUUAGAAUCGUGAAGGAGACUUUGAAUUACAGGAAAGAGAACAAAGUUGUUAGGAACGAUUUUUUGGAUACUAUGGCCGAGCAAAAGGUCAAAUGCACUGACUAUAAAUUCGAAGACAUCGAUAUUGUUGCUCAAUCCGCGGGAUUCUUCGGAGACGGCGUAGAAUCCAGCUCUGUUGCCAUGAGUUUCGCUUUGUACGAAAUCGCCAAAAAUCCUGAGGUGCAGAGUAAAUUGACGCAGGAGAUCCGCGAUCAUGGGGAAAUAAGCUACGAAUCCGUUAAUGAGAUGAAAUAUUUGGAUUGCGUUUUAAACGAAAGCAUGAGGAUGCAUUGGGUUGGAUUUUUCCUUACCAAAAAGUGCACCAAAGAUUACCGUUUACCACCAACUAAAGACGGUGCUCCAAGCAUUAUGAUUCAGAAAGAUACGAGCAUAAUCCUGCCGAUGGACGCAAUACACAAGGACGCAAAGUACUUUCCGAAUCCUGAAAUUUUCGAUCCUGAACGAUUCACGAACGAGAACAAAGCUAACAUCACUAAAUGCUCUUUCAUGCCGUUCGGAGAUGGACCCAGGAUUUGCUUAGGCAUGAAAUUCGGUUUGAUGCAAAUCAAAGUCGGCAUCGCUGCAAUUCUAUCCAAAUACACUGUUUCGAUCAACGAAAAGACGUCGAAUCCGCUUGUGUUGGAAAAAAAUACCGUCCUGAGGACUCCGAUCGGUGGAAUUUGGAUGGAUUUUUCGCAGUUGCGUUCCAAUCUCAUCGACAUGUGGAUCUCAUUAGUUUCUUUUGCCACUCUCCUCGGCAUUUUCUACGUUCUUUUAAAGAAAAAAUACAACUAUUGGAAGGAACGAGGAGUCCCGCACGAAGAACCGACAUUGUUAAUAGGAAAUUUAGCUCCAACUUUGACCACGAACAAGCACAUCGGAGAGAUCUACAAUGAUAUUUACAAGAAAUACGAAGGGUUUAGGUACGUCGGUUUAUACAAUUUCAUGCAUCCAGCUAUUUUGGUGAGAGAUCCUGAACUGAUCAAAGAUAUUAUGGUGAAGGAUUUCCAUCAUUUCGGUAAAACCAAUUUCGAGGUGAACGUUAAAGUCGACCCGAUUUUGGGAAGGAAUCCGUUCGUUUUGUCUGGAGAAAGGUGGAAAGUUGCUAGAGGUCAAUGGACUCCCAAUUUUACUGUGGGAAAGACGAAGCAAAUAUUUCCUUUUCUGAUGGAUCAAGGCGAGAAACUGAAAACGUAUUUGGACGAUCACCUUGAUUGCGUCGAGGCCAGGGAUUUCCUGAAGAGAUUCACUUUGGGAAACGUGGCCAGCUGCGCUUUUGGCUUGGACGCGCGCAGUUUCGAUGAAGAGGAUAGCGAGUUCGUGAAGAUCUCACGAGAAACCGGUGACGUCUCCGGCUUCAGCAUGGUCAAAUCGAUUAUUCUCACCAUCUUCCCGAUAUUGUCCAACGUCACGAGCAUUCGGUUUUUAACGAAGAACGCUGAAAAGUAUUUUAUGAACAUCGUGAAGGAGACUUUGAAGUACAGGAGAGAGAACAACGUGGUUCGUAACGAUUUCUUAGAUAGUAUGGCUGAAUUGAAGGUGAAAUGCACUGCGUACAAAUUCGAAGACAUCGAUAUUGUUGCACAAUCCGCUGGAUUCUUCGCGGACGGUGUCGAAUCCAGUUCUUUGGUGAUGACUUUCAUUUUAUACGAAAUCGCCACUAACCCUGAGAUUCAGAGGAAGCUGCAAGAGAAGAUACAACAGCUUGAAGGAGAUUUCAGUUAUGAAUCAAUCAACGCUUUCGAAUAUCUCGAUUGGAUUAUAAAUGAGAGUAUGAGGAUGCACGUGGCCUUCUCGUUCUUCGGGCGGAGAUGCACCGAAGAUUACGAUUUACCACCAGCAAAAGAAGGCGCGGGUUCCGUACGCAUUACAAAAGGUAUGACCUUCGUGAUACCAAUGGGUGCGAUACAAAUGGACGAGCAAUACUUCCCCGAUCCUCAAGUCUUCAAUCCAGAGCGAUUCUCUAACGAGAACAAAGCUAAUAUCAAGAAAUCCACGUUCAUGCCUUUCGGAGAUGGUCCGCGCAUGUGUUUAGGCAUGAGAUUCGCUUUGCUGCAAAUCAAAGUCGGUUUGGUGGCGAUCUUCUCCAAAUACACGAUAUCUUUGAACGAGAAAACCAUCACUCCUCUACAGUUCAAGAAGAACGGUAUAAUUCUGGCACCGCUCGGUGGGAUUUGGCUCGACUUUAAGAAAAACAACAACUGAGAUUUUAACUUUGUUUAAUUGAACUUGCAAUUACGCUUCAUCAAUAAAUUUUCAACAAAUUGAUUGCUAUGUUUUUAGUAAACAACAAUUAUCGCC